AUGUCCGUUCAAUUUGACACAUCCGCUCCCGAGAUAUUUGGCGAUUUUGUUCGAAACAGUGGCUGGGUCCAAAAGAUUGCAAGUUGCCCACAAGAGGUCGAACCGGAACGAGACCCAGAGGCUCGGCGCCAGGACCUGGAGGGCGCUUCAGAUGACGAGAUUGAACACGACGAGCAGGAGUGGGUCCAAAACAACUUGGCGCCGUCGCUACGCUACAUCACAAAGAACGACCAGCCCUUGCAUGUCGACAUUCGCACGGAGAUGAUCGCGAAGUUCAAGCUCCCCUUCAAGUCCGGAGACGUACUUAUGGAUCGGGCAGAUGGCGAGCAGAUGACGUGCAUUGGCGUGGCCAGACUACCCGGUGCCGGCAUCAGCCGUGCCAUGCACCAGCAUUUGGGAAGGUUUAAGUGCAUUGGCAAUGAGCCAGUCCGGGACCUGCUGCCGCCGGAGGACCCCUCUGGCUGGGACUUGGAAACCCAUAGAGGCAUCCUCGCGAGCCUCGCGGGGCAGAUGUGCUUGGACUUUGCCUUCCCACGCGGUAGGAACCAGGCCAAACUGGAUCUCUUUGACGUGCGGGAAGAGGUGGUGCAGCGGGUCACCGGCGGUUGGGUCCCAGGAACUGUGCUGACACUCUCGGACAAGCCGCUGGUGCGUUUCACUCUCGUGGGCCUGGCCCCUGACGACGAGGGUGCGCCCAAAGUCUGGUGGUACAUGGAAGAGGAGCAUAAGGCUGACCGCGGCGCUGGCAUUCUGAGUGGAUGGGAGGCGGUGCGGAGCCGCCUGCGAGACACCGGGGAACGCGUUGACCUGAAGGCUGACCGAGGCGCUGGGAUUCUGAGCGGAUGGGAGACGUUGCACCUGCGAGACUCCGGGGUGCGCGUCGAUCUGAAGGUGCUGUCAGAGCGUCUACAAGCUGGAGAUGUGGCUCCACGUCGGCCGCUGCAGCAGACGCAGCUCGAGAAGCUGCUCAGCGAGCAAGUAGCGGACGUGGACCUGGCUUACGUGGUCCGGUGCACGGAGAAUUGGUCGGACGGCCAGAUGAUUGGGGAGGGAGCAUAUGGCAAAGUCUACAAGGGCGUGGACAAGGACGGUACUGAAGCUGCACACUUUGCAGUGAAGCGGCAGCGGUGCCCGGACGACAUCGCGGCUCGCCACCGUUUGGAGCGAAUGCGCCGGGCCGAGAUCGACACGCUGACACACGUCACUCACCCGAACAUCAUCCGCCUCCUCGGCUACAGCAGUGGCGACGAGGACACGGUGCUGAUCUACGAGUUUGGUCAGCAGGGAAGCUUGGAGAGGACGCUGCGGGAAGACGAGCUUGCUGCGCAGCUGGGUUGGGCCUGGCGCGUCCGGAUUGCACGUGGAAUCGUGGCGGGAGUUCAGCACCUGCACGAACAGCAGUUCUAUCAUCGAGACGUCCAGCCCGCCCACGUCGUCCUCAUGGAAGACUUCACGCCCAAGCUCACUGCCUUCGGGUUGUCAAGACCCUUCCGAGAGAUGGACUGCGCAAACGAGGUCCCAAAGGGGACGCCUGGGUUCAUGUGCCGGCACUACAUAACCACCCGCAAGUUCGACCAGAAGAGCGAGGUCUACUCCGUCGGGGUCACUGUCCUUCAGAUCGUCACGGGUGUGACUGACACGGUGUCGAACACACUGCUGGACCUCUUGGAUAUUGUUGACAUUGACCCGGCUCAGGGCCGGACGUCCGUUUGUGAGGCCUACGACUCACGCGCAGACUUUGACGAAAGCUUGCAACCCAUGGUGGAGGCUUUGUCCGACAUGGCAGCGUUGGCCCACAAGUCUGAUCGUAACUAG